AUGGAGGAGGAGGGCUCCGGCUGCAACGUGCCUCGCCUGCCCUGGGCGUCCAUCCUGCGGGCGGCUUUGCUGCUGCUUCUCAUUGGCAUGGUCAUAUACUGCUUCCUCUGCGGUCAGCGCUUCACCCAGCAACAGCUGGAUUCAACUGGGUGGGACUUAGCCGAGCUCCUGUUGAAUCACACAGAAUCACGGCAGGAUCCCAGGCUGCGCUGGCAGGGCAGCCCCGCUUUGGGCCGAUCCUUCGUGCAUGGGCCAGAGCUGGACAACGGGCAGCUGCGCAUCCAACGCACUGGCAUCUACCGACUGCACAUCCAGGUGACAUUGACGAACUGCUCUUCCUCCACUUGGACCGUCAUGCCCCGUCAGGCCACCCUGACUUUGGGUAUCUGCUCCCCCACCACCCACAGCAUUAGCCUGCUACGCCUCAACUUUCACCAUACAUGCCGUGUGGCCUCCCAGCGCCUAACACCCUUAGCUAAAGGGGAUGUUCUCUGUACCAACCUCACUCUGCCUCUGCUGCCUUCCAGAAAUGCUGAUGAGACCUUUUUUGGAGUUCAGCUGGUGCGCCCUUGA